AUGCAAUCUAUAAGAAAACGAUUUGCAUCCUUCUUUCCGAAUUCUCCUCGCAAAACGACUUGCGGUAUCUGUUUAGACGAUGAUAUUAAUGCUAAUCAGAUGUUUUGCGUUAAUAAAUGUCGUCAUCGAUUCUGUUACGUGUGUAUGAAGAAACAUAUAGAGGUGAGGCUAUUACUUGAGGGAAGUGUGAUUAGAUGUCCUCACUAUCGCUGCAAGUCUAAGCUGACUUUUGGAAGCUGUAUUGAUCUUUUGACACCUGAACUAAAAAAAAUGUGGCGACAAAAUAUCAAAGAGGACUCGAUUCCUGUAAAACAGAGAAUUUAUUGUCCAAACCCGAGGUGCUCGGCUUUAAUGUCGUUAAAAGAUCUCUCUAAAUCUACUAAAGAAGCUGGAUUUUGGAAAUACUUCUUUAAAUCCACGGAAGAAGCUAGAGUCAGAAGACGCUGCUUCGAAUGCGGUCAACUCUUUUGCAUCAACUGUAAAGUUCCGUGGCAUAGUGACUUGUCGUGCGACGAGUGCAUGAGAUUGAGCCCAAAUCCUACAGCUGAUGAUAUAAAGUUCGAAGCUUUAGUAAAAAAGAAUAUGUGGCGUCAAUGUGGGAAUUGCAAACACAUGAUUGAACUUGCAAAAGGAUGCAUCAAAGUAACCUGCAGAUGUGGACAUAAGUUUUGCUACAAAUGUGGAGCUAAGGCUGGAGAUUGCGGUCAUGGUCGUUUACAUACAUAUCUCUCAGUGCAACCAUGGUCGCCGUUACACCGGAGGUCACCACAGCCGCCAUUACAGCCGUUGCUGCCGCCUCCAUCAGUUUUGCCUUCAUGGAAUAGUAUGAUCGCUAACCGCUUUUGUGGGUUACUAGUUACAAUUCGGAUGCUUUGA